CUCAGUUUGUUUCAUUAUCUCGGUGCGGAGGGAGGACAGAGCGGAGCGGAACGAAGUGAGACGCUGCUGCGCGGUCUGACGGACAGAAACAAACAUGUUCCUCCAUGAACGUCAUUUAUUUUAGGCUGAUGAUUCCCGUCUGAAGCGGUGAUUGCAGCUGGCGACCUGCGGAGACAGAUGAGUCUGCGGUGUCUCUGGUGGUUGUAACGAGUCUUUGUUCGGCUGUGGCAUCUCUCCUUCACCUCCAACAUGGACCGUUCAGAGAAGGAGCACAGGUCAGACGACGAGGCUGACUAUGAGGACGAGGAGGUGGACCCCAGAAUACAGGGGGAGCUGGAGAAACUAAAUCAAUCCACCGACGACAUCAACAGAUGUGAGACUGAGCUUGAGGAUGCGAGGCAGAAGUUCCGUUCAGUGCUGGUGGAGGCCACGGUGAAGCUGGAUGAACUGGUGAAGAAGAUCGGGAAACCAGUGGAGGAAUCGAAGCCUUACUGGGAGGCCCGCAGAUUGGCCAGACAGGCCCAGCUGGAGGCUCAGAAAGCCACCCAGGACUUCCACCGAGCCACCGAGGUUCUGCGAGCAGCGAAGGAAACCAUCUCCCUGGCUGAGCAGAGGCUCCUGGAGGAAGACAACCGGCAGUUCGACUCCGCUUGGCAGGAGAUGUUGAACCACGCCACACAGCGGGUGAUGGAGGCGGAGCACACCAAGACGAGAAGUGAGCUUUUGCACAAGGAGACGGCGGCGAAAUACACGGCAGCCAUCGGCCGCAUGAAGCAACUGGAGAAGAAACUGAAACGAACCAUCAGCAAGUCCAAGCCUUACUUUGAGAUGAAGGCGAAGUACUACCUGCAACUGGAGAACCUGAAGAAAAACGUGGAUGAGCGACAAGCCAAACUAUCUCAGGCCAAAGGAGAGUACAGAACAGCUCUGAAGAACUUGGAGAUGAUCUCUGAUGAAAUCCACGAGCGCCGCCGGAGCUCCACCAUUGGGCCGCGCAGACCGGGAGUCGGUGCCGAGGGGGACAGCAGUUCUGGGGACGACGUCUCCAGCUUCAAGAUGGAGUCGGAUGGAAUUUCCAUGGCCUCCGAGUGCUUCGAUGACGAGCCGUGUGGCGGGAGCAGCUUCAUGUCUGAGGAGGACUCGGAGACCCGCUCCACCAGCAGCCUCGGGUCGACCCCCAGCAGCCCCCAGGAGCUCCUGUCACCCUGCCCCUUCGCCGGCUCCUCCUCCUCUGGAACGUCUUCAUCCGACUGUCCAUCUCCCACUCCCUCCUCGUCUUCCUCCACGUCGUCUCCAGCUCUUGUUUCCCGGCCCUGCAGCCUCGACCUCCCCAGCACCGUCUCACUGUCGGACUUUGGCCUCAUCUCGCCCGUGCUGGGACCUCGCAGCGAGUGCAGCGGCGCUUCGUCACCUGAAUGUGACCUGGAAAGAGGUGACCGAGCUGAAGGUGCAGAGGGAGAUCUGGACAACGCUCCGACUGGAAACGUCAUCUCGACUUCCAACACCAAGAGGAGCUUCAGCCUUGAGGCUCGCUUCAGUUUCCUCAACCUGCGACGGCCGCGAGUCGGCAACACCAAAAACAAGGAGAGCUGUCCCCAGAAGACUGAACCGGGACAAACUGUUGUUCUCGUCAAAGGAGUCUGAGGAGCAAACGGGAAAUAUUUCAGAGGGACUGCGGUUCUGCAGAGACUUGAAUUCUGAACCAAAAACUCCUGGAACUCUUAUGGGUUGUUAAUAAGCUACUUUCCACUUCUGUAGUCCAACUCCACUCUCCAUGGUUAAACAGAAAACUUUGAAUGUUAUAUUUGGUGUAAUUUAAGCUUCUUUACAACCUUCACACACCCAUGAACUCUCCCACCAGACGUAACAAGCUCUGGUAAAUGAUAAAAAGAAUUAAAGUUACAUUUUUCUCCAGUAAAAGGAUUACUAUAUGACGAAGCAACAAACCAGCUCCCUGCAAAUAACCUUUGACCUGGGUUUGAAUUAUAUAUAACUGUUAAAUGGCUCAUAGAAUGCUGUAAGGGAUUGUUCUCAGCUUAGUUCAACAUUUAAAGGAAGCUGAAACACAGUGGAGGACAACUAACUAGCCUUUAGCCUUAUACUCUAUAAUACUGAUAAGACAAUGUUGUGUUGUAUGAAAUGUGUUUAAUAUUUAGGACUUAAGUGUUAAAAAUUGUUUAUGGGACACAAACUGCAGUUCAGGAAAAUUACCAGCUCCAGCUUCUUAUUUCUAUUUUACCCCAUCGCGUGUUUUAGAUUCCUCAGUGCACAACAAGAAACUGUUAAACAUGUCUGCUUUCAUCACAAGUGGUGCAAUUUAGCUUGAAUAAAGAGAGAAGUUGACAAAAUUGCAAAGCCUUAUUCCUCUAAUCAAUUUAACUUUAAGGAACAUUUUGCCCAAAGAGAGAAGAGGAUUUUUUGUUUUUAAAUACAUUUUUUUUUAGGGGAAAAUAAGAAACCCCUACGCUGAGAACAGAGGAUGGGAGGUAAAGAUUUCCCCAGAAUCCAAACCUGCUUCCUGGAAGUGUCCUGAAGUGAAAACAAAACCAUUAUCUUGUAAUCGCCACACAUUGCCUCAAGCUCAGAGUGGAGAGUUUGGACUUAAACUCAAGUAAUUGAACAAAAAGACAAAAUGUUUCUAGGAAAACAGAUUUCUCUUAGUUCAGAGUGAGGCUCAAACAGUUUAGUUUGCUUUUUACAAUUGAAGUGAAUUACUUUGAGUAACACAAUUCAAGAAAUAAAGUUUAUUAUAUAGAUAUAUUACUUAGAUCAAUAAAUUUCAUGAAUUUAUUUCUGCUAAAGCCUAAAGUUCAGCAUCUUAAAAAUGUUAUGUCACAACCAAUCCUUACUAGACAGUUGACACUUUUCACAAGGAGUGUCUUUCCACUCACCUGCAUCCAAGCAAAUGAUUAGAAAGUUGAGUGGAAGGACAACAGAGUCCAACAGUGUCGCUCAGUGAUGUGUGAAGUGCAAUUUUGAGCUUGCUCUUAAAUCGGCUUCAUCUUCAGGACCUUUCUUGUGAUUCUUUCCUCAGAACUUCUCUGGAGGGAGAACUUUCCAAGAAACCUUUUACUUUAAAUAAAGUCAUUAUGUUUAAUUUAAACUUUAAAAGACAAUUGGACUUCACUCGGCGAAACACGGUGCUGCUUUAGAGAAGCUCCAACCUAAUCUAGUUCAGCUGUCCAACACAAAGAGCUUCUUGUCCUGUAAGUCUGUGGUUUAAAUGGGUGAAGGCCUUGAGAAUGCUUUUUAUAAACUCACAAACAGGAUGUGACUGACGUAGAUGUAGCCUUGUAACAAUGCAGGGUAGUUUUUAUUAGAAUAGCAGAGAUCUUGAUUCAAGAUUUUUUUCAGGGUCACUUUGGGUUUUUUAUUAACUGGAUGUAAAACUGUAUCAGAAUCUUUUUCAUUUUGCAAUCAACACAAACACUGCAAAAAAUUGUGAAAGCAUGUCGCUGUACAUUCAGCCUUUAUUUCAUUAAUGUAACAAAGACUAUAAAUCUUUGAAAGAAAUUCAAGUGAAAUGUGAACCAAAACUGUGGCAAUCGUCUAGUUUUAUUCUAUCUGCCCCAAUUAGCAUAACACUUUUAUUCAAUUUUAUCCUCACGUCAACAGAUUAAAAUCUUGUUUCUUCUUCCUAGAAAUGUCUCCAAGUACAUAAAUGACACCUUGUUUCCUGUUGAUCUUUAGGCGUUUUGUUUUUCCACUUGUUUCUCUUGUUGACUUUAAUGGCCGCCAAAAUUGAAUUAAUCCCGUCUUUGCACCAGGCUUUCAUCAGCCCAGCAGCUGCAACUUGAUUUAACUUAAAAAGAAAUACAUUGCUAUAAAUUUUGAGUUUAAAGGAUGAAAACAAUGUCCAGACUGCUUCUACCAACAUCAGGCUCAAUGACUUCCAGACAUAAACACACAUCUAAAUCUCAUCAAAAGCCUCUCAGAUGAUGUUGCAGCUGCAAAGGGUGUGCCAACAGAAUAUUAAACCCUGUGGAUUAAGAAUGAGGCAUUCCUCUGGUUACUCGGUGAGCAAAUACCUUUCAGCAAUAUAAUGUAGAUCAGCUGAAUUGGCCAUUGAACUUUGACCUUCCACGCUGCUUGCUACAUGUCAUUAUUAGACUUAGGACAAACUGCCACAAAAAAAUAGCAGAUUUUAGCUAGCUUUGCAGAAAUGUGGUUCUGCAAAAAAAUUCAGUUAAAUUGUUUGGAGAAAUUUUAUGACAUUUCUAUCAAAAAAAAAACAAACAAAAUGUACAGUAGCUGAAAUAUUGUCAACCAAUAGUAAACAUACCAGGAAAGAAAAAAAUCAUGGACUUACCUAACAGUGUUUACGUCAGCAAAUCUGAAAUAAACUAAACUCCAAACUUGCUAAACUUCUCAGCUCCAAUCACCUGAUGUCGAUAACAAUUUUAUUGUUGCAUAACUUUUAUAUUAAUUAAAGCAAAAAAAAUUAUAUAUAUUAUUUCACAGUUAAAAAUGACCAUCUGGAAGGUACGUGGAUGUAAGAAAAACUACAGUGAGCUAAUUUAUUUGCAAAAUUAUGGAAACUAUUGUAAUCAAAUGAAAAAAAUGAGUAAAGCAGGUGCAGCUAAUCAAUUUGGCUUGAAUGGCUAAACAUUGGUAAGUUGUAAGCACCUCUAUGAAAUCAAGGUUUACAUUAACUGAGUAUCAACGAUUAGUGAAAAAAAUCUUUAAGAAAUCACUGGUGGUGUUGAUAAUCUGGGAAUGGGUCUGAAGUCCACCACUCAAUAUUUGGAAAGGUUAAUCAGUGACUAAUAUUUAUGAAAAAGUUUGGAAUUUUCCCAGAUGUCACAUCAAGAAGUGCAAAGAAAUAACAGAUACAUUUUAGACAAUUUUUUAUGUUUCUAACUUAGAACUAACAUGCAUUCCGAAGUAAAAUAUGGGAUCAUUUGUCAGAAACAAAAUACACACUGGCAUGAAUACAUUGUUUACCAGCCUGACAGGUCAGUCACACGUGAAAAAAAAACUCAUCUUUCUCCUGUGUGUGAACCCUUACUUAAGUCCUAAAGGGUUCCUAAGUGAGACUAACUCUUCAGUGGGGAUGUUGUUACUGUGUGAAAAUAGCUGAAAGUUAACUUUUUCUAUUAUCAGAAAGCAAAACGAUAUAAAAAUAACUUCUUUAUCCCAAUGGGACUUUCCCAGUUAAAUAAGAAUUUUAAAAAAGAAUAAUCAGAUAGCGGCUUGAAAGCUGUAUUUCUAUUUACUGACGUGUUUAAUUCAGGCUGAGAGUAAUAACAGGAUCACUGAACUUAUUACAAUGUAGCCCAGUUUAGUCUUUGCAAGGUUUUAAAAUUCACCAGUGAUGAAACAUGCUGGAUUUAGAAAUGUUUGCAGAAUUUUUAAAGUCUUGGAGUUCAGGUAAGGGUCUUACACACAGAAACAACUGUUGUAAUAAUGCUAGCUAUGCUAAUUGCUAAUACACGAUGCUAAAGCAUGUAAAAAUGUAUUUUACAAAUAAUUUUAGAACAGUAGCAUCCCGCUUUUUUUUACACUUAAUUAAUGACCGCUAAAGGCAAAAAAGCUAAGAAAAAUAUAUGUAUAUAAUUAUAUUUUCUUAUUGUAGUUCCUAAAGCGAACUCAGUAAUGGCGAAAGUUGGUGGAACAAAGCUUUACAAAACACAGAUCUGAAAGCAUCCCUUAAUGUUUCUGUUUUCAAAACCUGUACAAAAUUAGGUAUUGCAACAGGAGACAGAGUCCAUAGAUAGCAGGAAAUCAACAACAGGAUGACUAAAAUGACCUCAAAUUCAGUGAAAUGUUGUGAUGUAAAGAAAAUGGAUGGAUGAAUGAACUUUUUAUAAACAAAGUAGGUAAAUGCAUCCUGUAUCGAGUAACUUGGAGGCAGAAACUGAUAUAAUCAUUUCCCUGUAUUUAAACUUUGAGUAAAUCACAUCAGUCUACUCAACAUUUAGUGCAAGUUCUGCAAACAUUACAUCAACAUUCAUACAACAGGCUGGUACAAGAUUGUCCUGCUGCAUUUGUAGACCACUUCACUGGUAAACAAAUCAAAGAAAUAAAAUAGAAUGACAGAGAAAAAUGGCUUUUAUGACAAUAAAUUAUGUAUCCACUGGUACACAGAAGUUCUAGAUAAUGGACAAUUCAAAGAAACAUGUAAAAAAUAUUAUUUUACCCUUUAACAGCCCAGCCAACAUUCCAUUUACAGCCAGUCAUACUACUGCACAUGGUGGCACAUGGUGAGUCAAAAAUAUGGGUUUAAACCUUUAAAACAACUUGAGUAUAAAGCAGCAGAAUGUUGUGGUCAACAAAAGUCAGUUUUAUGCUGUAUGGUAAAUAUUAUAGUCAGCAUUUGGCACACAGCAUUCUGGGAAAUUUAAUGAGUCUGAAUGGAAAGGUCAUGAUAACCGAAAGCACAGAAUAUGUGAGAAUCAUCUGUGCAGAUCUAAAACUAAUGACGAGUUAUGUAAUAUGACUUGCCAUUCCUUGAAAAUGUUUAAACAUUUUUUUGAGAAACUAGUAAUCCCUAGUGUCACAAUAUUCUGCCUUUUAAAAUUGAAAAUAAAAUUAAACCCAUUUCAUCCACUUAAAAGUAUUUCUGGAGUUUAGCAGUAUCACAGUAUGCCUUGCUGUGAUGGAGCUACUGACGCCACAAAAGUUUAGCAAAUUCAAUUCACCAAAAUGGAGAAGAAUUUGUCCUAAAUCCACUUUUUCAGUUUCAAAAGUCAAAAAUAAUCUCAGCUGCACUAAACUCCAGUGAGUCUAAUAAUAUUCACUCAUUGAUGAAGCCAUAAUUGAGUGAAAUCUAGUAUAACAUAAAGAACAGAUCCAAGUCUUAUUCUCCCGGUGAGCAGCAGAUAUUUAUCUGACCAGGUUGUUUGAGAGAAAAUCACAUUUUAAUUUCCUCCACUGCUGUAGUUUCAUGAUAAACAUGAAAAAAGUGCAGCAAAGAUAAACAGAGCAUGGAUACUUGGCAAUAAAGACUCAGGUAGAACAUAUACAGUACAGUGACACCUGCCAGAAGCAGGUGCUGCAGUGAAGACUCACUCAGCACCACACUGAGACACAAAGAGCAGACAUCAUUCAGAUGCCGCCAUGCUGGAUUCCCUGUGCUGCUCCUGAGUUUAAAAACCACAACCAGGUACAGAAGAAGAAGAACAUUUCCUGCCAUGUGACAUUGUUAGCAGCCAAUUGGUGGAAACACUUUAUAAUAUGUUACCAUCUCAUCAGGUUUUUCUCUAUCAUAUUAAGUCAUGGUUGACUGAUUUGAUAACUAACUCAAGGAAACAUUUUUUGUUUUGUUUUUUGUCCCGUAGAAGCAGAAGUAAAGUGACUUCACGAGCUUUAGGAACUUUAGAACCAAACAGUGAUGUUGGGACACAUUCAGUAACUUGGCAAUCAUUUUACAAAUGUACUUAAAGCACACAUACAUACAUGUGUGAAAUCCUUCAUUUUUUAUUGUUGUAGAUUGAUCUCACAUUGAAAAAUCCCCCCAUAUUAUAUAAAUAUAACUGAAACACUUCCAUUCCUGUUUUCCUUGGGUCUAAAAUAUGGCAUGAGACCCAUUUUUCUUAGCCACUCUUAAAAAAACAUGAAAGA